GAAACCGGAAGCGGCGGCGGCGCCAUCACUUCCGGGUGCGGCCCGGACCCCCCGCUCAAUGGCGCUCAGCCUCGAUCGGGACGCGCUGUACCGGCGGCUGCGGCGGCUCUAUGGUACCUGGGAGAGGGGUGAGGAGGAGCUGGCCGGUGUCGAUGCCAUCGUUGUGGCCGUGGGGGUGGACGAGGAGAUCGUGUAUGCCAAAUCCACAGCCCUGCAGACAUGGCUGUUCGGCUACGAGCUGACCGACACCAUCCUGGUGUUCUGUGCCCAGCGCAUCCUCUUCAUGGCCAGCAAGAAGAAGGUCGAGUUCCUCAAGCAGGUGGCCCAGGGCAAGGGCAAUGAAGGGGGCAAUGGGGUCCCUGCCAUCAGCCUGCUUGUCAGGGAGAAGACCGAGAGCAACCAGGCCAACUUCGACCGCCUGUUGGAGGCCCUGAGGGGCAGCCGGGGGGGGAAGCGCCUGGGGGUGUUCUCCAAGGACCACUUCCCAGGCGACUUCCUAAGGGCCUGGAACGAGUGUCUGAGCAGGGAGCCCUUCGAGAAGGUGGACAUCAGCGCGGCCGUGGCCUACACGAUGGCAGCCAAGGAGGAGGGAGAGGUUCAUCUGAUGAGGAAAGCAGCAGCUAUAACCUCAGAGCUGUUCACAAGGUUCUUCAAGGAGAGGGUCAUGGAGAUCGUGGAUGCUGAUGAGAAGGUCCGCCACAGCAAGCUGGCCGAGGCCGUGGAGAAGGCUCUGGAGGACAAGAGGUUCCUGUGUGGGGCAGAGCCCGCGGCCGUGGAGCUGUGUUACCCUCCCAUCAUCCAGAGCGGGGGGCGCUACAGCCUCAAGUUCAGCGUCGUCAGCGACCGCCACCCGCUGCACUUCGGGGCCGUGACCUGCGCUAUGGGGGUUCGCUACCGAUCCUAUUGCUCCAACCUGGUCCGGACUCUGCUCGUGGACCCUGGACCCGAAGCCCAAGAGCUCUAUGGGUUCCUAUUGACCCUACAUGAGAGGCUGCUGAGGGAGAUGAGGCCUGGUACGAAGCUCUGUGAUGUUUACUCCUCGGUCAUGGAUGUUGUCAAGCGUCAGCGCCCGGAGCUGCUGGGGAAGAUAACCAAGAAUCUGGGCUUUGCAAUGGGCAUCGAGUUCCGGGAAGGUUCCUUGGUCAUCAACAGCAAAAACCAACAGCGCCUCAAGAAGGGGAUGGUGUUCAGUGUCCAUGUGGGGCUGUCUGAGCUCCAGAACCGCUCCGGUCGCCGGCCCGAGGAUCGAUCCUAUGCAAUCUUCAUUGGGGACACUGUGCUGGUGGAGGAGGAGGGUCCAGCCACUGUGCUCACGUCUGUGAAGAAGAAGGUCAAGAACGUUGGGAUCUUCCUUAAGAACGAGGAUGAGGAGGAGGAGGAAGAGGCCAAGGAUGAGGCUGAAGAUCUCUUGGGCCGCAGCUCCAGAGCAGCUCUGCUGACAGAGAGGACACGGAACGAGCUGACAGCAGAGGAACGCCGCAGGGCUCACCAGAAGGAGUUGGCAGCACAGCUCAAUGAGGAGGCUCGAAGGCGACUGACCCAGCAGAGGGGGGAGCAGCAGGUGCAGAGGGCCCGCAAGUCCAACGUGUCCUACCGCAGCCCCUCAUUGCUGCCUCGGGAGCCUCAGGUCCGGGAGCUGAAGCUCUUCAUAGACAAGAAGUAUGAGAGUGUCCUGGUGCCUGUGUUUGGGAUCGCUGCCCCCUUCCACAUCGCUACCAUCAAGAACAUCAGCAUGUCUGUGGAGGGGGAUUACACCUACCUGAGGAUCAACUUCUACUGUCCUGGGUCUGCUCUGGGCCGCAAUGAAGGGAACCUGUUCCCCAACCCGGAGGCCACGUUCGUCAAGGAGAUCACCUAUAGGGCCUCUAACCUGAAGAGCCCUGGGGAGGCAGCAGUGCCAGCCCUGAACCUACAGAACGCGUUCCGCAUCAUCAAGGAGGUGCAGAAGCGCUACAAGACCCGCGAGGCCGAGGAGAAGGAGAAGGAGGGUAUAGUGAAGCAGGACUCGCUGGUGAUCAACCUGAACCGCAGUAACCCCAAGCUCAAGGAUCUCUACAUCCGCCCCAACAUCGCCCAGAAGAGGAUGCAGGGGGCGCUGGAGGCUCAUGUCAACGGCUUCCGCUUCACGUCCGUGCGUGGGGACAAGGUUGACAUCCUGUACAACAACAUCAAACACGCUGUGUUCCAGCCCUGCGAUGGGGAGAUGAUCAUCGUGCUGCACUUCCACCUCAAGAACGCCAUCAUGUUCGGCAAGAAGCGCCACACGGACGUCCAGUUCUACACUGAGGUUGGGGAGAUAACCACAGACCUGGGCAAGCAUCAGCACAUGCACGACAGAGAUGACCUCUAUGCUGAGCAGAUGGAGCGGGAGAUGCGGCACAAGCUCAAAUCUGCCUUCAAGAACUUCAUAGAGAAGGUGGAAGCUUUGACCAAGGAGGAGCUGGAGUUCGAGGUUCCCUUCCGGGACCUGGGAUUCAAUGGGGCUCCCUACCGCAGCACGUGUCUCCUGCAACCAACCAGCAGCGCAUUGGUCAACUGCACUGAAUGGCCCCCAUUCGUGGUGACCCUGGAUGAACUGGAGCUGAUCCACUUCGAGCGGGUCCAGUUCCACCUCAAGAACUUCGACAUGGUCCUGGUCUAUAAGGACUAUGGGCGCAAGGUGACCAUGAUCAAUGCCAUCCCCGUGGCCUCGCUUGACCCCAUCAAGGAGUGGCUCAACUCCUGUGACCUCAAGUACACGGAGGGAGUUCAGUCUCUCAACUGGACCAAGAUCAUGAAAACCAUCGUGGACGACCCCGAAGGUUUCUUUGAGCAGGGGGGAUGGAGCUUCCUGGAGCCCGAGGGGGAGGGCAGUGAUGCUGACGUGGGGGAGUCGGAGUCGGAGAUGGAGGACGAGACCUUCAACCCCUCUGAGGAGGACUAUGAGGAGGAGGAGGAGGACAGUGAUGAAGACUAUUCCUCUGAGGCCGAGGAGUCAGAGUAUUCCAAGGAGUCCUUGGGCAGCGAAGAGGAGAGUGGCAAGGACUGGGAUGAGCUGGAAGAGGAGGCUCGCAAAGCCGACCGCGAGAGCCAGUACGAGGAGGAGGAGGAGCGCGGCCGCGGGCGCAAGAGGAAGGCUCCGGGCGGGCGCCGCGGGACCCACCGCCCCCCAUCGGGGCCCCCCAAGAAGAAGAGGAAGUGAAGGAGCCAUUGGGGUCAAUGGGGUCCUAUUGGGGUCCAUUGGGUCCUAUUGGGUCCA